AUGACUCUUGUUUUGGCUGCGAGUCAUUUAUGUGACUAUUUUCUUUUUUAUUUCUUUCUUGUUUGUUGGUUAUUAUUCAGCUUUAACUCAAUCCAACCAAGAAAACAAGGAGAAACAAUGCCUCCAAAGCGCAAUAGAGUGCAAGGUGGCAAUGCCACGAGUCGAGCGUCUGCCGUGCCGCAGGGAGAUCGUCAGAGGAGAGCGAGGCCGGAGUCUGAGGGUGUCACGGAUCAACCCGCUGCGACACAAAUAAGAGUGGAGGAGGCGCGGCAAUUAAUGUGGACCAUGAGAAGCACCGUAGAGGACAUCCUGCUGGAGGGAAGCACUAACAGGAGCAACAUGAAGCUGAAUGAAUUCAUUCGGAGCUACUUGGGCAAGGAGUGGGUUGUGGAAAGAAAUGGGAGCGUCGCUAUGGAGGCGUUUGUUCAGAAUCCCGAGACGUUUAUCAAAAAGAAAAGGUUAUUACACACAAUAAAGGCAUUGCCGUCAUACAGAGAGCUGGAGAAAAGGAAAAUUCUAUUGGAGGCUAUUUAUAAGCUUAAUCACGAGGGUGUGCACUUUCUCGAGCAAUGGAGGGACUAUGAAGGAAAGGAUACGCUCACUCUACGUGUAUGUGAAAGACUAAACGGAGUUCUCACUCAGGUACUGAGAGAAGAAAGGCGGGAGGCAGGAGAAAGGGCAAGGCGGGAGGAACAAGUAGAACUUACCCUAACUACCAGGAUCAAAGAUGUACUGUUUAAAGGAAGAGUUCGCUUCAUGGACAUAAAGCUGAAUGAUUUUCUUACGAUGGAAAUGGAAGGCAGAGGCAUUUUGCACGCCAAUCGGAAUGUCUUACUGAGGGAUUUUUUCAGUGAUCCCACGAGGUAUAUCCCUGAUGCGAGAGUAUUGGUCGAAGUACAGAAAAAAAGGUUAUUAUCUGAGUUUGGAGAGGCACUGUAUCGGGAGGAAAUGGGUUUGGAAGAAGCUGUACGCAGGCUUCACGAGAAUGGUGUGGACAGUCUACUUGGAUGGUCAUUAGCUACUGCGAGGGCAAAAACAAGUGUUAGCAACAGCACUAAACAAUCACUGGAUGCAGCCCUUCAUGUGGCGAGGAACCCGACGACGACGAUUGCACCGAUAUACCUGGAGGGAUUCUACGAGUCUGUGUACAAUGCGAGGUGGCAUCAUGUCGUGGAAGUUCCUGGUGAAGAGGGGACGGUAAUGAAGGUAAAGGAGGGGGAACCACCGCAGUCAUGGACGUACAGGGCAGUUGGCGGCACUUUCGAAAAGAAAGACGGUGUGUUGCAACCAGGUGUAGAGCGUCCCAGACUGAUAGUGCUUACCUCGGACAGGGGAUGGCCGUACUCGUGGAAACGGGGGGAGAGUGGAAUUCUUCCUGACUGCUAUUUGAACUCUGAGGUGGAGCGAGUGUGGCGGAUCGUGAAAAAGGAUCUAACCAAAUUGUUCAGCAGACACGGUAAGAACAAACCUUCGUGUCAUCCGCGUGUGUUGAUUGGGACGCCCGGGAUUGGGAAGUCGAUGAAUGUCGGCUCUUACCUCCUUUACCAGCUGCUGCACUACGAUGUGGAGCAACUCCAAAUGGUUGCGUACGUUAUUGCGGAUCGAAAAUUUCUUUUUGACAAGACCGCCCAAACCGUGAAAAAAUACGGUGAGGCGUAUAGUAUCGUGGAUAUUUUGGACGGGUUGUCUGGGCGUGGUGUGAAAGGGUAUAUUAUCUACGACGUGGCAAUGAAGGGUCGUCAACCGUCUACUGGUUUGCCUUGCGAGGGAUGGGGCAUGAUUGUUGUGACAUCACCGAACAUAAAAAACUACGAAUGGUGGGCAAUGCAAAUGGGAGCGGAACGAAUCAUAAUUGAUUGCCCUGACGAGAGCGAUGUGAGGGCAAUGUGCAUUUGGAAGGAGCACAAUGGGCAGGUUGAGGAAGAAGAGGAAGAAGAAGCGGAAGAAGCGGAGGAAGAAGCGGAGGAAGAAGCGGAGGAAGAAGCGGAGGAAGAAUCGGAGGAAGAAUCGGAGGAAGAAUCGGAGGAAGAAUCGGAGGAAGAAUCGGAGGAAGAAUCGGAGGAAGAAUCGGAGGAAGAAUCGGAGGAAGAAUCGGAGGAAGAAGCGGACUACUGGGAAAAGGUGAAGAAGCGCAUGAAUAAAGUAGGGCCGAUUCUCCGCUUCAUCUUUAAUGGAAAUGAAUGUAAGUCUCGCGUUACGGCGUGUAAAUUCGCUGUGAAUAAUAUCACCGCUUCGAUGUUACAGUAUUACGCUGGUAUUGGAACUGGCAAGUCGUGCAACGGCCAUCAUGUGUCUCACAAGCUUGUGAAGGUUGUCCGAGUACGACAAAAAGACAAAAUUGAAUCGUCUUUGAAUUUGCUGAUAUCUCCCUACCUCGAAAGUAAAACAUUGUCCAAGAUGGAAAGUGAAAUGAAGCAGUCCGAUUUUAUUUUUCUUGUAUUGAGUAUAUGGGAUUAUGUCUUACC